GUUGAAGAAGUAUUCGACGAGUAUAUCGCCAACGAGAUACCAAUUCGUCUAAUUCAUAUCAGCAAAGAUGACCAGGGGCCGAAUUUCAAACUCGUGGACAGGACUUUCGUGAAGAAACACUUCGAAUCAGUUCCUGGUGAGAUUUACAGAGAAUUUCGCAAUGAAAGGCUCGUGGAUAGGGAGGGCCGUAUCAGGGAGCGGGUGAAGGAGACACUCAAAUAUGCCAUCUUUUCCCAUCGAUGGCUGUUCAGCGAGCCUUCGUAUCAAGACAUGUCGACGGAGCCGAUGAGAGUCCGGGCUGAGCUAGAGCCUAAGUGGAAGAAGCUUCAAGAGUUUUGCCGUAAAGCGAAAGAUGACCACGAUUGCGAAUUCGCCUGGUCAGACACAUGCUGCAUAGACAAAACAAGGAGUGCGGAGUUGGACGAAUCCAUCCGCUCCAUGUUUCGCUGGUACAGGAAUUCCCACAUAUGCAUUGCACACCUGUCGGAGACGGCAAACCUUGCGGCUCUUGAAAGGCAGAAGAAGGGCGAAAAAGGUGAUGGAGCAAAAGUAGAUGUUUGGUUCACAAGAGGAUGGACGCUUCAAGAGCUCCUUGCUCCAUCGCAAAUCAAGUUUUACGGAACGGACUGGAAGCCCCUCGUACCCCUCUACCACUCCAAGAACGAUAGAAUCAGCGAUACCAUUAUGCGAAAGAUAUCAAAAAUCACGCACAUUCCUCCCGAAGAUCUUAAAUCGUUCAAACCUGGCACAGAUCGAGUGCCGCAAAAGAUGUUGUGGGCAUCGGAGAGGAGAACGACUCGCAUCGAAGAUGUCGCAUAUUGCCUCAUCGGAAUAUUCGAUGUCAGCCUCAUGGUCGCAUACGGCGAGGGGAACAGGGCCUUCUUCCGUCUCAUGGAGGAGAUAAUUAAGAGAUACGACAAAUGGGACGUAUUUCUCUGG